AUGACCCGCGCUGAAGCCUGUCCUGGCGUUUGCAGCACUUGUGGUCGGUGGUCCGCGCUCCUCUUGCCCGGGUCCCAGCAAGCUUUUUCCCUGGUGUUGCUGCUGUUGUUGCCACCGCCACCGUCACCGCCACUGCUGCCGCGCCGCCGCCGCCGCCUCCUUUGCGGAAUCAUGGUGUGCUUCCGCUUCUCCCCGGUUCCGGGCUCGGGGCUCGUUCUGCUCUGCCUAGUCCUGGGAGCUGUCUCAUCUUACGCAUUAGAACUUAAUUUGACAGAUUCAGGAAAAGCCACUUGCCUUUAUGCAAAAUGGCAGAUGAAUUUCACAAUACGCUAUGAGACUACAAGCAAAAGUUAUAAAACUGUAACCGUUUCAGACCUCAGCACUGCAACAUAUAAUGGAAGCACUUGCGGGGAAGACCAGAAUGGUCCCAAAAUAGCCGUGCAAUUUGGAUCCGGUUUUUCCUGGGUUGUGAAUUUUACAAAGGAGGGGUCUACUUACUCGAUUGACGGUAUCUCAUUUUCCUACAACAUUAGUGACAACACAACAUUUCCUGAUGCCAAAGAUAAAGGGAUUUUGACCGUUUAUGACCCUGUGCGAUUCAGAAUUCCAUUGAACAACAUCUUCAGAUGCAAUAGUUUAUCGACUUUAGAAAAGGAUGAUGUUGUCCAGUACUAUUGGGAUGUUCAUGUACAAGCUUUUGUCCAGAAUGGGACAGUGAGCACAAAAGAAUUUCUGUGUGAAAAAGAUCGAACUUCAACCACUGUGGCGCCCAUCACUCCCACCACCACACCGGCUCCUACUACGACACCCAUUCCAAAGGAAAAACCAGAGGUUGGGUCCUACUCGGUUAAUAAUAGCAAUGGUACUUGUCUCCUGGCUACCAUGGGGCUGCAGCUGAACAUUACUUACGAGAAGGUUGCUUCGAUUAUUAACAUCAACCCCAACACAACCGACUUCACCGGUAACUGCCAUCCUCAGAGCGCUCUGCUUAGGCUGAACAGCAGCAACAUCAAAUUUCUUGACUUUGUCUUUGCCGUGAAAAAUGAAAACCGAUUCUAUCUGAAGGAAGUGAAUAUCAGCAUGUAUUUAGUAAAUGGCUCUGUUUUCAGCAUCGCAAAUAACAAUCUGAGCUACUGGGAUGCGCCCCUGGGAAGUUCUUAUAUGUGCAACAAAGAGCAGACUGUUUCAGUGUCUGGAGCAUUUCAGAUAAAUACCUUUGAUCUAAGGGUUCAGCCUUUCAACGUGAUGGAAGGAAAGUAUUCUACAGCUCAAGACUGCAGUGCAGAUGACGACAACUUCCUUGUGCCCAUAGCGGUGGGAGCAGCAUUGGCAGGAGUACUUAUUCUAGUGUUGCUGGCUUACUUUAUUGGUCUCAAGCGCCAUCACGCUGGAUAUGAGCAAUUCUAGAACCUGUAGUUUGAUUGAUUAUAUAAAAAUACAUGCACAUAAGAUUUUUUUGCCUUUCAAUUUUGAAACACGUUGCUCUCUUAAGACUGAUGUGUUGAAACUUUUGAAAUCAGUCCCAGCAUUUAGAGAUAAGUCUUUAUGAAUAAAAACUAUUCUCUUUUAUCAGCUUAAAAUUAAAUACUGUAUUUACUGGUCCUGAAGACAAACUGGUUAAAAACAUUGGUGUGUGGUGUGUUAAGGUCUACCCUUUUAGAGGCCUUGGCCAAAUUUUGAUCCUAACCUCAGAUGCCUUAAACUUAUUAACCUGGCCAUUAUAAGAAUAAAAUAUGUAGCUGUCUCUUAAUGGAAUUAAUAAAUCCUGUUUCACUA